GCUCCCUUCCUUUCCCGGUUUGGAAAUUUCUAAACUGGAGGCGUGUAGGGGCUGUUGAGGGGCUUCUGAUUACAGCUCGGCCGCGGGCGUCACCCUUCCUUUCGCCCGCUGCGGACCGGUUGAGCUUCUAGGGCUCCGAAAAGUUUGGAUUUGGGGGGCGCCUUCACUGGGACAUGUUGUCCCCCAGGGAUCUUAAGAGGAAAAGGGGCAAGAUGAGUGCCUGGACGCGGGUUGUGCUAGUACUGUCCUUGGCGCUACUUCUGCCCGCCGUGCCCGGGGGAUGUCUGAGCCGGCAAGAACUCUUCCCUUUCGGACCCGAACAGGGGGACCAGGAGCUGGAAGCUGGGGAUGACUCCAUCUCCCCAGCCCUGGAGCUCCGCUUGAAGAUCCACUUCUAUGACAAAUACGACGUCUCCUCGGUCUAUAUCACUACAAAUGGCAUCAUUGCCAUGAGUGAACCUCCUCUUGAAGAAGCCAGUCCUGGUCGCUUUCCAACUUCCUUUGGAGCUGUUGCACCCUUCCUGGCUGAUCUUGAUACGACAAAUGGUGGAAAGGUUUAUUAUCGGGAAGAUUCUUCCCCUGCUGUUGUUCAGCUAGCUGCAGAGUGUGUCCAAAAAGGUUUUCCUGAGGUCUCUUUCCAACCUAAGAGUGUGGUGGUGGUCACCUGGGACUCCAUGGCUCCUUACCAAGGAUCAGAAAGGGAUCCUACCCAGGAAGGCAAGAGAAACACAUUCCAGGCUGUCUUAGCUUCCUCCGAAUCCAGUUCAUAUGCCAUUUUCCUUUACCCAGAAGAUGGUUUGCAAUUCUACACCACGCACUCUAAAAAGGAUGAAAACCAAAUUUCUGCUGUGGUUGCAUUUAGUCAAGGCUUAGUGGGUUUCUUAUGGAAAAGUGAUGGUGCCUACAACAUAUUUGCCAGUGACAGAGAAUCCAUUGAAAAUCUGGUCAAGAACAGUAAUGCAGGACGUCAGGGGGUCUGGGUUUUUGAGAUUGGGAGUCCUUCCACUGCCAGUGGUGUAGUGCCAGCUGAUGGCAGCCUUGGAUCCGAUGGCGGAGAAUAUGAAGAUGAAGAAGAUGAAGACUAUGACCUGGUGAGCGUAUCUGAGAGGUCUCUGGGCUUGGAAGAUGUGAGCACCACAAUUGACCCCUAUGAUGUCCCCAGGAGGGGUGAUGAAGACACAUAUGAAUUGUUAAAUCCCAUUUCCCCACGUCAUGCGAAAACCGAGAGACCACCUCUGGAAGAACCCAUCGUGGUGGAUCAGUAUCCGGAUCCUUCUACUAGGGAAACCAAGUCACUCCUGUACCCAGCUGAGGGAUUUCCCCAGCAGCAUCCACAGGUCAUAGAUGUGGAUGAAGUAGAGGAAACAGGGAUUGUUUUCAGAUACAACACUGAUUCUCGACAGACUUGUGCCAAUAACAGAUACCAGUGCUCCAUUCAUGCACAAUGUACAGACUAUCCAACUGGUUUUUGUUGUCGCUGUGUUGCUGGUUACACUGGGAAUGGUAGACAGUGUGUUGCAGAAGGUUCCCCCCAACGAGUUAAUGGUAAAGUUCGAGGAAGGAUCUUUGUAGGGAAUAGCCAAACUCCCAUUGUCUUUGAGAAUACCGACCUCCAUUCUUACGUUGUGAUGAAUCAUGGGAGAUCUUACACAGCCAUCAGCACCAUUCCUGAGUCUCUGGGCUAUUCUUUGGUACCUCUGGCUCCAGUAGGAGGGAUCAUUGGAUGGAUGUUUGCCGUGGAGCAGGAAGGAUUCAAGAAUGGAUUCAGCAUCACUGGAGGAGAGUUCACCCGUCAAGCUGAAGUGACUUUUGUUGGGUACCCGGACAAGUUGGUUAUAAAACAGAAAUUCAAUGGCAUUGAUGAGCAUGGCCACUUGACCAUCACUACAGAACUGGAUGGACAUGUCCCUGAGAUCCCAUUUGGCUCCACUGUCCAGAUAGAACCUUACACUGAGCUCUACCAUUAUGCCAACUCUGUUAUCACAUCUUCCUCCACCCGGGAGUAUAAAGUGACUGAACCUGCUCAAGAUGGUAUCAGUUCUACAAAGACCUAUACUUAUCAAUGGAGGCAGACCAUUACCUUCCAGGAAUGCACUCACGAGCAACAGUCUCUUCCUCCCACUCAGCAACUUUCUGUGGAUAGUGUAUUUGUCUUAUACAAUACGGAUGAGAAGAUCUUGAGAUAUGCUUUGAGUAAUUCAAUUGGUCCUAUUGGGGAUGGCUCCCCUGACUCAUCUCAGAAUCCUUGCUACACGGGUACCCAUGGUUGCGACACAAAUGCAGCAUGCCGCCCAGGUCCAGGAAGUCAGUUUGUUUGCGAGUGUUCCAUUGGCUUCCGAGGAGAUGGACAGAUUUGCUAUGAUAUUGAUGAAUGCUCAGAGCAGCCAACAGUCUGUGGCAGCAAUGCCAUCUGCAAUAAUCACCCAGGAACCUUCCGCUGCGAGUGUAUUGAGGGCUACCAGUUUUCUGAUGAGGGCGUGUGUGUGGCUGUUAUUGACGAUCGUCCUAUCAACUACUGUGCAACUGGUCUCCACAACUGUGACAUCCCACAGCGGGCACAAUGUGUGUACACUGGAGGUUCUUCCUACCACUGUUCCUGUUUGCCUGGCUUCUUAGGAGAUGGGCAUGCCUGCCAAGAUGUAGAUGAAUGCCAACAAAAUCGUUGUCAUCCAGAUGCUUUCUGUUACAACUCUCCAGGCUCCUUUGUUUGCCAAUGUAAACCUGGAUAUCAGGGCAAUGGUUUCCAGUGUGUUCCAGGAGAAGUAGAGAAAACCAGAUGUCAGCGUCAAAGAGAACAUAUUCUAGGAGCAAUGGGUGUCACUGACCCAAGACGACCCAGACCCGUGGGGCAGUUUGUUCCUGAAUGUGAUGAACACGGGCAUUAUGUACCAAUGCAAUGCCAUCACUCCAGUGGGUACUGCUGGUGUGUGGAUCGAGACGGCAAUGAGAUUGAUGGCACCAGAACCGGUCCUGGAAUGAGACCCCCAUGUCUGAGCACAGUUGCUCCUCCAAUCCACCCUGGUCCUUCGGUUCCUCCGGCUGUAAUCCCUCUUCCCCCUGGGACACACUUACUCUUUGCCCAGACUGGGAAAAUAGAGCGUCUCCCACUAGAAGGAAAUAAUAUGAAGAAAACGGAGGCCAAAGCUUUGCUUCAUGUCCCUGAUAAAGUUAUUAUUGCACUUGCCUUUGACUGCGUGGAUAAGGUGGUUUAUUGGACAGACAUCAGUGAACCUGCCAUUGGGAGAGCCAGUCUUUAUGGUGGGGAGCCAACAACCAUCAUCAAACAAGAUCUUGGAAGUCCAGAAGGACUUGCUCUUGAUCAUCUAGGUCGCAAUAUUUUCUGGACUGAUUCUCAUCUGGAUCGAAUAGAAGUAGCAAAGCUCGAUGGCAGCCAGCGCCGAGUGCUCUUUGAAACAGAUCUGGUGAACCCUAGAGGCAUCAUAACAGAUUCUGUUAGAGGAAAUCUCUAUUGGACAGAUUGGAACAGAGAAAGUCCUAAAAUUGAAACUUCCUACAUGGAUGGCACCAACAGAAGGAUCCUUGUGAAAGAUGACCUGGGAUUGCCCAAUGGAUUGACUUUUGAUACUUACAGUUCACUGUUAUGUUGGGUAGAUGCAGGCACCAAUCGGGUGGAAUGCAUGAACCCCAGUCAUCCUGGCCAGCGCAAGAUCCUUGAAGGGCCCCAGUAUCCUUUUGCCGUUACAAGCUAUGGGAAGAAUUUGUAUUACACAGACUGGAAGACGAAUUCUGUGGUGGCAGUGGAUCUUGCUAUCUCCAAAGAGACAGACAGCUUUCAUCCUCACAAACAGACCCGGCUGUAUGGCAUAACGACAGCUUUUUCUCAGUGUCCCCAAGGUCACAACUACUGCACCGUGAAUAAUGGAGGCUGUACUCAUCUCUGCUUGGCUACCCCAGGAAGCAGGUCCUGUAGGUGUCCGGACAACACCCUAGGGGUUGAUUGCAUAGAGAGGAAGUAAUGCACUGGAAACAAAGAAAAUAAAGGAACGCCACUUAGAUUCACCACAUUUUCAACUGCAACACCCUACCUUGACAUGGGCCAGACUGAAACCAAUCUUUCCGAGCCAAGUUAUAAUUGACCCAAUGACCAACACAACUUAGGGACCUUCAGUGUUCCCUUAGCUACUUAAAAAAAUAUUCAUCCUGUGCACUCUGUAAUAAGAAAGCCUCAAUCCAUAUUCUAAGAUCUUAAGGACCUUCUUGGUGGAGGCUCCUGAAGAAAUACAUGAAGCCCGCCAGCUGUGUUUUCUGGCUUUUGGGUUUUGUCUCAGCCCCUUGAUACACAGCCAUCCUGAGCCAAUUUGGGAAGAAUUGUGAGGUAGGCUAAGUUCCUCUGUGGCAGCCUCCCACCUCCCUUCCUGGUGCUCUCUUUCUCUGUUUCAUUGCCCUUCCUCUCUACUAGACUUCUUCCAACAAACUCAGUUCUCUCAGGCUGCCAAAGGCUUCCUACUCUAAUAUCUAAUAGAGGCAGGACCUUUGGGUCUGCUCUUUCCUUCUGGACAAAGAAAACCUUAUCCAUGUUUAAUUUUUUUUUCCAUUUCCCCGGGAGUUCCACUGUCUACAAAGGAGUUUAUGUCAUCUGCCAACAGCAAAUAUUAGCAUUUUAAAAACGACAUGAGGUAGAGCAGGCUUUAACCCAUAUGAAUGAAUCUAAACGUGGAUAUUUUAGGGCAACAAGAGAGAUAUUUAGAUAUAAAUAUCCGUCAAGCCAAACCAAAAACGACCGUCUCUAACGUAGCUACCCACAUGUACUCCCCAACAGUAAUUGAGUAUGUGAAGACCAUAGAAUGUAAGAGCUGGAAGGUGAUCUUGGGUCCAACUUUCACAUUUUACAGACAGAGAAACUGAGCCCCAGAGAGACUACAUAGGCAACAAUUCAUUCCUUGUCUCAGUAUUUCAUACAAGCACUGGGCUGCAGAUUUCUCUGUAUCAAGGCCAGAGAAUGAAUGCUAUGGAGAUCAUUUCCUCUUCCCAUACCUGGUUCAUUUAGCAGACUAAUCUUACUCAUAAUUAAAACUCUCCUCAGAUCUACUUUUCCCCCUGAUUUGAUUUCUCUGAUUUUAAAUGCUUUAUCCAGUAUGCUUACUCACUAUUUGGCUUCCAUUUUCUCAUUCUUGAAGGAUGAGUCUUACCUUCUCAUGUGAAUUGAUGAUGCUUCAGAGGGAGACAGAUGAAUAUGAGAAACAGUGGGGGAGAUAUCAACAGUCUCUUUUCUUUAGCAUAUGGUGCUGGGCACAUCUCAAUGGUUUAGGCAUCCCAAGAAAUGUAUGGCUAUAACAUUUUCAAUUUAGCAUUUAUUUGGCAAAAUCUCUGUUAUUGUUGUGCUAUACAGACAGUUGGUACUUUGUAAAUAUAAACUAAACUGAACUCCUGGUUUAAAGAACCUAAUUCUUAAUUUUUUAUUGAUGAAGACUUAUUAAAAGGGCUCUUGUCACUUUUUUAUCCUCAAUGUAUAGCAGGCAUUUUAUUAAUGUUUAUUGAUUGAUUGCUGCCAUUUUUUUGGAGAUAUUUUCAAUGACUGGUUCAAAGAUGCUUCUUAAAGCUGUUUUAGUAGCUAGCAUGUGAUUCUUAUAUCAUCUACUUUUCAGAGGUCCAUUGCUAAUAUCACAGUAGAAAUAUGGGUCCAAAGCUAAAUUUCUGAAGUUAGGGGUUUUGAUGGUGUAAAGACCAGGGAUUUUAAAUCUAUAAAAGGAAAUAUAGUGAUUGACUAAAUAGCUUUAGAUAAAAAAUAGGAGAGGUAAAAAGAAUGUGUUAACAUUAUCAACAAAAAAGUUUUGAUGUAAAAGGAUCCAUGUGCCAAAGAAUAUUCUCUUCCUCCCCUCCCUCCCUUCCUUUCUCUGUCUCUCUCUGUCUCUCUCUCUGUCUCUCUCUCUGUCUCUCUCUCUCUCUCUCUUCCCCCCCCUCUCUCUCCCCCUUCCCUCCUUUUUCUUAUACUUUCCUUGGCAAUGCCAUGGAAGAUAAUCAGUCAAGUGCCAAAUGGAUAGUAUAGUAAGUUCUGUAGGAGUCCAAAGAGGACAGUGGACUAAAUUGUUCAGGAAAAACUUCAUGGAGAAAGUGGAACUUUUUGUGGAUGAUGAGCUUGAAAUGGGGGAAAGUUAGAAAUUCAUAGAAUUGGGGACGAGUUCAGUACAUUUGCAAGACAUUCAGCAGAUAAAUGUGGGUAAAACAGUUUGUAUAAGAAAGCAAUGGGAAGAGCAGCUAGUUGGUGCAGUGGAUAAAACAUCAGCCCUGAAGUCAGAGGACCUGAGUUCAAAUAAAGCCUCAGACAUGCAACACUUCCUAGUUGUGUGACCCUGGGCAAGUCACUUAACCUCAAUUGCCUCAGCCAGAAAAGAAAGUAAUGGGAAGUAAAAUUAAAAAGGAAGCUUGGUGUCAGCUUGUAGAAAGCCUCAAAUGCCAAGGAAAAGAAUUUGGAUUUUAUUUUGAAGGUAAAAAAGGAGCUUUCACAUUGUUGGGGGAGGGGAUUUCUUCCUCUGAGAAGGAAAGUGAAAUAAGUUAAUGAUAUUUGAAGAAGAUUAAUGUGCAAGUGAACUUGGAGGGGCAGGGGAACAAGAGUAAGCAGGGAAAAUUAUGAGAUGAUUGUAGUUGCCCAAGCAUGAUGCUAAGGACCUUGGCCAGGGGAAUGGUACUUGUCAGCCUAUGGAAGGAGAUUCCUGUUUAGAUGUGCUUUGGUCUAGUUACCCCUGAGAUCCCUAAAAUGUUAACAGUUAUUUUCAAAAUUUCUUUUAAUAAUGGUAUUGGCUGGUAAGGGUUUAUAGUGUGAGCCUUCUUGGGGCCAUUUGCUUUUUUUUUUUUUUUUUUUUUUUUGUAGGGGACUCUUGGAGACAGAGACAUUUAUGCCUUAAAGCAAUUAAGCUAUGAUAGCAAAAUAGCAAGUGGGUUUUUCUAUCACUGGAAGUCUUCAAGCAAAGACAGAAUGAUUAUUUUCUGAGGAUGAUAGAGACAAGAUCUGUACCUUGGGUGGGGGGGCGUCCUAAAUGAACCCUGAGGUCAUUCCAAUCCUGGAAUACUAUAAUUCAGUGAUUUUUCCUUCUCAGAAAUGGCCUACUCCCACCAUCUCCUUUCUAUGUUCAUGACAGUUCCUAGCCCCUUUCCUUUCUCUCUUUCUCUACAUCUAUACAAGAACCUUCAGACCCACGUGAGGAGAGAACCUUUCCUUAAACAUGAUAAUAUAGUUUUAUUUUGUGAUGCAAGUGAUACAUCUCCAAGAAGCACAAGAUUGGGGAACCUUUUGGUCCCUCCAGUAGUGUUGGGGUUGAUUUGAGGCCUAUCCUACAGAUGAGAUUCCCUUUGAUUUAUAUUUAUCAAAACAUAUCCAGCUCUAUAUAAAGUGUUCUUCAUGAUUUUGUAUAACUUUUAUAACUUCAUUUUAUUCAUAUUUUAUCAGAUACAUUUUUCAAAAAAAUUUUAAAACAGUCAAUUCUAAAAAAUGCAGAACAUUGAAGGUGCUUAAUAACUAUGUUCCCCCAAAGUUAUGCAAUUAUCAGGUGACUGACUCCCUAAAGUUUACAUCUGUACCAUUAACAGUGCAGAAAAUAAUAAAGUGGUUUUUUUGUAAAAAAAAAAAAAAAAAAAAAA